AUGUUUAAAGUGUGGAAAUCAAACAAUGAGGGUCCUAUUAUCCUCAGUGACAAAGAAAAACAGAAAAAAAUUCGUGAAUUACGAAAAAUGAUCCAAAUUGCCGAUCUGGAUGUCAGACUUGAUGAUAUUUAUAUGACACGAUGGUUGAAUUGUCGUGACUGGAAUGUGGAUGCCGCGUUUAAAAGAGUCACAAAAUUUUACAAUUUCAAAAGGGAUAAUCCUGAUUGGUACAUGUCGAAAGAUAUUUCGCACUAUGAACCACUUUUGCAACGAAAAAUCUGUGUGAUGCUUGAUGGUCGAGAUCGAAGAGGACGUCGAGUGUAUUUAAUUCGAGCAGGUCACAUGAACCCCGACGAAAUUUCCCUCCAAGACAUGGCUACCCUUCACUACAUGUGGCUCGAAAGCAUCGCCGACGAACCCGAAACAAUCGAAAACGGCAUGGCAGUUUUGCUCGACAUGAAAAAUACAUCGUGGAAGCUCUGCAAGUGGUUUUCUCCAUCAAACUCAAAACUUUCAGGAAAAUUCACUGGAUUAACGCCGUUAAAAAAUUUUGUCGUUCACAUGGUGAAUUGUUCAACUGCCUGCACCACUCUAAUGGGAAUGCUGUCGCCGUUUUUCAGUGCCGAGUUACGGAGUAAAUUUUGUUUGCAUUUUAAGGAUUUGAGUUUGCUGCACAAGUGUUUGGGAAAAGAAGUCUUGCCGGAGGAAUAUGGCGGAAAUCAAAAGUUGGAUUUCGAUAAAUUGAUUCAAAAAUUGUACAAAUCGAAGAAAAUUAUUGAAAAUGGGAAUAUUCUCAGGGAAAAGACGAAAAAUGAGAGAAAUGCGGAGAUCAACAAAGAAAAUGCAAAGAAAUGCAGUGACAGGAAGAGUAAUCAGCAAAUUAUUGCAGCUUUAGAUUAA